AGAGCACAAGAAUGGCAACUAAUGGCAGCAUGUGCUUGGAUGAGAAGAAGAAGAAGAGAUCUAGGACUGUAGUGGCUGCAGAGAGAUCUAGCAGAUCAAAAAAAGUGGCUGCAGAUAGAUCCAAGUUACCAAGGCUAUCAAAAGCUGAACUAGAAAUUAAAAAGGAGAUAUUGAAUGAAAAAAUAGCUAAAUUAAGAGAAGAUAUUGAGAAUCUGGAAGAUCUUAAACAAGUCUUAAUUAUCAGAAUACGUCAGCAGAAUGAUGAGUUAGAAGUAUUGGAAUAUAUGGUACAUAUCUACCACGGAGAAUAUUGAGGUGGUUGUGAAUCCACGGAAGAUAUCAGAAGACCAACCCAGCUUCAAGAUUUAUAGCUUUACCUAGUCAAGAUUGUUAGUUAGGUUUAGCUUUAUCAUUUAUCCUGUUAUCCUAUAAAUAGGAAUAUCACUGUUAUUGUAAAACUAGAGUUCUAGAGAUCCCUAAUACAAUUCACCACCCUUAUGGGUUUUAUCAGUGGAUGUAGGUCAAAUUGACUGAACCACUUUAAUCUCUUGUGUUAUAUAUUUCCCUCUUACCAUUCAUAUUUUAUGAAGAAGCAGCUCGUAAAAUUCUAAUUCGGGUAUGUA